GGGCGGGGAUGCCACAGCGGCUCCCGAUUGCUGCUUCCACCGCCGGGGCCAGUUGCAGAGCCGCCGCCGCCGCUCGCGAGGAGCCUGAAAAAUGAACCCCCAGUGCGCCCGCUGUGGCAAAGUCGUCUAUCCCACGGAAAAAGUCAACUGCCUGGAUAAGUACUGGCAUAAAGGAUGUUUCCAUUGUGAGGUCUGCAAAAUGGCUUUAAACAUGAACAACUACAAAGGAUAUGAAAAGAAACCAUAUUGCAAUGCACAUUAUCCCAAAAGGGGAAGAGGAGUGGGCACAGACACCCCUGAGAUACAACGGGCCACGAAAGCUUCUGAAAUUGCAAGCCAGGUUAAAUACAAGAAAGAUCUGGAGACUGAAAUUAAAGGGAAGGGGAUGCAAGUGGGCACAGAUACUCCUGAGAUACGAAGAGCCAAAAGAGCUUCUGAAAUUGCAAGCCAGGUAAAAUAUCAUGAAGAUUUUGAGAAGACAAAGGGCAGAGGUUUUACACCAGUGGUGGAUGAUCCUGUGACAGAACGGGUGAGAAAAAACACCCAGGUUAUGAGUGAUGCUGCAUAUAAAGGAGUGCAUCCACAUAUAGUUGAAAUGGAUAGAAGACCCGGAAUAAUUGUUGCCCCUGUGCUUCCUGGGGCAUAUCAACAAAGUCAGUCCCAAGGGUAUGGAUACAUGCACCAGACCAGUAUGUCAUCUAUGAGGUCGAUGCAUUCACAGCCACAUUCAGCAGGCUUGAGAACAUACAGAGCUAUGUAUGACUACAGUGCUCAAGAUGAAGAUGAAGUUUCCUUCAGGGAUGGGGACUAUAUCAUCAAUGUGCAACCAAUUGAUGAUGGCUGGAUGUAUGGUACUGUUCAGAGAACUGGGAAAACAGGAAUGCUUCCAGCAAAUUACAUUGAGUAUGUUAACUAAUUUUUGUCCCUAGUCCUUUGAGCUUUAUUCUGAUUUACUCAAAACUUAACCCUUUUGAAACAAAAUACUCAGAAGAAACUUUUAAGACCACAUGUUCAUUACUUUAUCACUAAUAUAACAAUCUGAUGUAAGAAUCACAAUCUGACACACAUAUCCAAACAAUAUGGCUUAUAAUAAUACUUUGUAAGAACAAAAGACAUAUGUGGAAGCCCGGUGCUGCCAAUUCUGUAAAGGUUUCCAUCCAUUAGCUAUAAAGGAGAAAUGUCUUUUUCUUAGAUUCUCAUUUAAAUGUAACCAUAACAUGGAUUCUUUUCUUAUGUCACUCUGAAAUCACAAGAGGCUAAUACUUUCAAUUUAGUAACACAUUCUAAUAAUUUUUGAAGCUGUUUAACAUAGAGCAUUUAACAUCCCAAUAAAAAUGAUGACUGGAUAAUACAGCCUUUUAAGUAACAGGAGAUAACGUGCUGGUAAAAAUCCUACUGCCCAGCAGCCUUAUAAGAAACAAAAAGUCUGUCUCUUGACAGUGAAAGUUCCCAACUCUCACUUGCCCACAUCACCACACCACACUGAUUCCUGGGUCUUACAUUGGCUCUCCUUCAUGACUGUGCCCUUAGCGCCUGUCAGUUUUGCUUGCAUCCCAAUCCAUCAGUUUUGAUUGUGCCUUGAUUCCUGGCAAAUCUGUGUCUUUUUCACAGCAUAUUUCCCACUGGCACUGUUCAGCGUGCAGAGCCAAAUUGCCACCUCUUCUGUUUCCCUUAAAUAAUACUUGAGAGACCAGGUGGGUGC